GCCGCUCCGGCCGGGACUUCCAGGCCGGCCGGACAGGGACGUCCCGCUCCUCCGGGGAACCGCCGCCUACCGGAGCGUCGGGGAGGAGCCGCCGCCGCCGCCGCCGCCGCCGCCGCCCGUGCGGACUGCGGAAGAGACGGUCUGGGCCUCUCCGGGAUGGGGAGCAGCCCGCGGCGCUGAGACGCGUCCCUGUCACCUCGGGCUGCGAGACUUCGUCCCCGGCACCCGCGGCCGGCCGGCGCCCGGAGCCUGGUGGGGGCGGCGAGGCAGUGUAGAGGGGCCCCGGCCCUGGGACAUGGGACGGCCGGAGAGGCAGCCGGGGCUGCGGCCGCGGGCAGCCGGCAGCCGCGGAUAGAGCGCGGCGACCCGAGGUCUGGCCCGGCCCUGCGUGGCGGGCGUCGCGUCCGGCCCCGGAGGGACCCCCGGGUCCCCUGCCCUCGGCUGGCGGACUGCUCUGUGACGGAGUUUGCUUCCUCAGCUUUCGGGAAGAUUUAUUGCUAGCUCUAGAACUCGCCUUCUGGCGGACUUUCUGGGUGUGUGUUGGGAGAUAACUUGUUUUGCUCCAGCCCUCAUCCCCUUUCCCAGACCUCUUCAAUCGGAUGUUCUAGAUGACUGAAUGGAGUUUUGAGUUGGACUUUUGUGUCCCUGCCGGAAUUGGGCCUGAUCCCAGAGCACUGGGGGUGGGGUGGAGGUGUUUUUGUAAAAUGCAAGUUGGAUAAAAGGAGGACCUCUUGCCAAGGGCCCCAAUGAGUGGCACACAGUCUACUAUCACCGACAGGUUUCCCCUCAAAAAACCAAUAAGGCAUGGAAGUAUUUUGAACCGAGAGUCACCAACAGAUAAGAAGCAGAAAGUUGAGCGCAGUGCAUCCCAUGAUUUUGACCCCUCAGAUAGCUCCUCCAAGAAGACAAAGUCUAGUUCAGAGGAGAGUAGAUCCGAGAUAUAUGGUCUUGUUCAGCGUUGUGUGAUCAUCCAGAAAGAUGACAAUGGAUUUGGGCUGACAGUCAGUGGAGACAAUCCAGUCUUCGUACAGUCUGUUAAAGAAGAUGGAGCAGCCAUGCGGGCUGGAGUGCAGACAGGUGAUCGAAUCAUCAAGGUGAAUGGAACUCUGGUGACUCAUUCAAACCAUUUGGAGGUGGUGAAGUUAAUCAAAUCUGGUUCCUAUGUAGCUCUCACUGUUCAGGGACGCCCACCUGGGUCGCCCCAGAUUCCACUUGCUGAUUCAGAAGUAGAGCCAUCGGCUGUUGGACAUAUGUCUCCCAUCAUGACCUCCCCUCACUCACCUGGAGCAUCUGGGAAUAUGGAGAGAAUCACUAGUCCUGUGCUCAUGGGGGAGGAAAACAAUGUAGUUCAUAACCAGAAAGUAGAAAUUCUCAGAAAAAUGUUACAGAAAGAACAGGAACGACUACAGUUAUUGCAGGAAGAUUACAACCGAACACCUGCCCAGAGAUUGCUAAAAGAGAUCCAAGAGGCCAAGAAACACAUUCCUCAGCUGCAAGAGCAGCUAUCCAGAGCCACAGGCUCUCCUCAGGAUGGAGCUGUAGUUCCACCCUCCAGAGCUUUUGGUGACAUGCUAACCGUCACUGAGACAGAAACUGAUCCUGGAGAUGGACUGGGCAAGACCGACUGGAGCAGUGGAGAGACAUCUAGGCCCAGUAGCGACAGUGCAGAUAUCAACGGACAGUGCAGCUGUUUCCAGAGCAUUGAACUGCUAAAGUCUCGCCCUGCUCACUUGGCUGUUUUCUUACACCAUGUAGUGUCACAGUUUGACCCUGCAACUUUGCUCUGUUAUCUCUACUCAGACCUAUAUAAACAGACCAAUUCCAAGGAAACACGUCGCAUCUUCCUUGAGUUUCAUCAGUUCUUCCUGGAUCGAUCUGCACACCUGAAAGUUUCUGUUCCUGAUGAAAUAUCUAUAGACCUAGAAAAGAGAAGACCUGAGCUUAUUCCUGAGGAACUACAUCGUCACUAUAUCCAAACUAUGCAAGAAAGAGUCCAUCCAGAAGUUCAGAGGCACUUGGAAGAUUUUCGACAGAAACGUAGCAUGGGACUAACCUUGGCCGAAAGUGAGCUAACUAAACUCGAUGCUGAGCGAGACAAGGACCGGGUAACUUUGGAGAAGGAGCGGGCAUGUGCAGAACAGAUUGUUUCCAAAAUUGAAGAAGUAUUGAUGACUGCUCAGGCUGUCGAAGAAGAAAAGAGUUCCACAAUGCAGUACGUUAUUCUCAUGUAUAUGAAGCAUUUGGGAGUAAAAGUGAAAGAACCUCGAAAUUUGGAGCACAAGCGGGGUCGGAUUGGAUUCCUUCCAAAAAUCAAACAAAGCAUGAAGAAAGAUAAAGAAGGAGAAGAAAAAGGGAAGCGAAGAGGAUUCCCUAGCAUUCUGGGACCCCCAAGGAGACCAAGCCGUCAUGACAAUAGCGCAAUUGGCAGGGCCAUGGAGCUACAGAAGGCACGUCACCCUAAGCACUUGUCCACAUCCGCCUCUGUGAGUCCUGAACCUCAGGACUCUGCUAAGUUCCGUCAGAGUGGGUUAGCAAAUGAAGGAACAGAUGCUGGCUUCCUGCCCACCAAUUCCACAUCCUGUGUGGCUGCAGGGGCGACUCUUUCCCAGGAAGGAGGGAAAGAGAAUGAUACAGGAUUAAAACAAGUUGGAGAAACACUGGCAUCUGGAGACUCCUUGGAUAGCGCACCUCGUACUCCCAAUACCAUCUUUGAUUUCCCUCCUCCUCCAUUAGACCAAGUUCAGGAGGAGGAGUGUGAAGUGGAAAGGCUGACAGAACAUGGGACACCAAAGCCCUUCCGAAAGUUUGACAGCAUAGCCUUUGGAGAGAGUCAGAGUGAGGACGAGCAAUUUGAAAAUGACCUAGAAACAGAUCCACCCAACUGGCAGCAGCUUGUUAGUCGAGAAGUGUUACUGGGACUGAAACCUUGUGAGAUCAAAAGGCAGGAAGUGAUCAACGAAUUGUUCUACACUGAAAGAGCUCAUGUCCGAACAUUGAAGGUUCUUGACCAAGUAUUCUAUCAGCGAGUGUCCAGAGAAGGAAUUCUGUCACCUUCAGAAUUACGGAAGAUUUUUUCAAACUUGGAAGAUAUUCUUCAGCUUCAUAUUGGAUUGAAUGAGCAAAUGAAGGCUGUUCGAAAGAGGAACGAGACUUCUGUUAUAGAUCAUAUUGGGGAAGAUUUGCUGAGCUGGUUCAGUGGACCAGAAGAGGAGAAGUUGAAACAUGCUGCUGCUACAUUUUGCAGUAACCAGCCUUUCGCCCUGGAAAUGAUCAAGUCUCGUCAGAAAAAGGAUUCUCGAUUCCAGACUUUUGUGCAAGAUGCUGAGAGUAAUCCAUUGUGUCGUCGUCUUCAGCUGAAGGAUAUCAUUCCCACUCAAAUGCAGAGGCUUACCAAGUACCCACUUCUUUUGGAUAAUAUUGCAAAAUACACAGAAUGGCCCACAGAAAGGGAGAAGGUGAAGAAAGCUGCAGAUCACUGUCGUCAGAUACUAAACUAUGUCAAUCAGGCUGUCAAGGAGGCAGAAAACAAGCAGCGCUUAGAAGAUUAUCAGCGUCGCCUUGAUACUUCCAAUCUGAAGUUGUCAGAGUACCCAAAUGUUGAAGAGCUCAGGAAUUUAGAUUUAACAAAAAGGAAGAUGAUUCAUGAAGGACCAUUGGUCUGGAAGGUGAAUAGGGACAAAACUAUUGAUCUAUAUACAUUACUGCUGGAAGACAUUCUGGUGUUGUUACAAAAGCAGGAUGAUAAACUGGUGUUGCGGUGCCACAGUAAGAUUCUGGCAUCUACAGCUGAUAGCAAACACACGUUUAGUCCUGUCAUUAAGUUGAAUACAGUGCUGGUUCGACAAGUAGCAACAGAUAACAAAGCUUUAUUCGUCAUCUCCAUGUCAGAUAAUGGGGCCCAAAUUUAUGAACUGGUGGCCCAGACAGUUUCUGAAAAGACUGUCUGGCAGGACCUCAUCUGUCGAAUGGCUGCGUCAGUGAAGGAGCAGUCCACGAAGCCAGUGAUUCCUCUGCAGUCGCCGCCUUGCGAAGGAGACAAUGAUGAAGAAGAACCUCCAAAAUUAAAAGUGGAACAUCAUGGCAUUUCAGUCACUAAUCUACAGAGUCCAGAUAGAGAUUUGGGAUUAGAAUCUUCCUUAAUAUCAUCAAAACCUCAGACCCAUUCACUGAGUACUUCUGAAAAAUCAGAGGCCGUUGAUCUCUUUGUGGCUGAGAGACAGUUUGCAAAGGAGCAGCAUGCAGAUGGGACACUACAGGAAAGCGGAGAAAACUAUCACAUCACAAUCCCAGAUCCACACGUGCCUGUCUCAGAGGAACGGUGGGCAUUGGAUGCACUAAGGAAUUUGGGUUUGUUGAAGCAGUUACUGGUACAGCAGCUGAGUUUGGCUGAGAAGAGCAAUCAAGAAGACUGGCAGCAUUUCCCCAGACACAGGCUAUCCUCUCAGGAGGCACAGGCUGACCGUGGAAUCCAGAACUCUGGAAGUACUAAGGCCUACCAUCCUGCCGAAGGACAGAUGCCCUUUAGAACUGGAACUGGUGACACUGCAGGUUGUUACAGUGCACGGACUUCAGCUGAAUCUGUUCCACUGGAUUCAGUGGUACUGGCAUCCCAAGACAGCCAGGCAAGUAACAUUUUAGUAAUGGACCACAUGAUUCUGACCCCAGAGAUGUCUACCACAGAUCCAGAAGGGGGUCUUGAUGAGAGUGGAGAGCACUUUUUUGAUGCCCAUGAAGCACAUUGUGAUGAUAAUCCAUCAGAAGGUGAUGGAGCAAUUAAAAAAGAAGAGAAGGAUGUUAAUUUACACAUCUCAGGAAAUUGCUUGAUUCUUGAUGGCUAUGACGCAGUGCAGGAGAGCUCCACAGACGAGGAGGUGACUUCCUCAUUCGCCCUGCAGCCUGUGGCAGGCAUCCCUACUGUGGACUCUCCCUACCAGCAACAGUACUCUCCCCAGAGUGCUCAUUCUGAUGGGGCAGCUUCACCAUUUACCACGGAAUUCCUGGUCCAGCGGCGCUGGGGAGCUGUGGAGGAUUCCUGUUUUGAGAUCCAGAGUCCUUCCUCUUGCACAGACUCGCAAAGCCAGAUCAUGGAGUACAUUCGUAAGAUAGAGGCUGACCUUGAACACUUAAAGAAGGUGGAGGAAAGCUACACCCUUCUUUGCCAAAGGCUGUCUGGAUCAGCCCUCACAGACAAGCACUCAGAUAAAAGUUAGAGCCGAGUGUCCUGGAGGUGACUGCAGGUUGUUGGACUUUGAGCAUCGGCCUUGUAUCAACCACAUCCCGGCUCAGUGUGGAUGCAGAUAGUGUGCUAGAGGACCUGCCUGAGAACCGCUGGGGACUAGCCAUGUCCCAAGGUGCCCGGAGCGGGACUAGUUCUUCACAGUCUGGCAGCUCACUGGCCUGUCAGUGAGGGAAGGUCCAUUGCCUCACUCUCCUCACUGUUGGAAAGUCAUUUUGAUUCAGAACAAAAACCAAAUGUAUAGAGCUUUGGGUGUAGUAUAUAAAAUUGUACUUAGACAUAAGAAAAAGAGAAAAUCAGAUGUAUUUAUUUGACUCAUUCCAUAUUUGAAAGCACAUUUUAAUUUUUAUUUGCUCUGUUUUGUUUUAAGUAGUGAGAGUUUUAGCCUUUUGUAUUUAGUACACCCAAGGAUCAAUUGCUCCUGAAGCAGAGGUCAGGAUGGGGUACAAGAAGGUUAAUAGAGAGGUAAUACAAAAGCGAAAGCGAGAAGGGGAAGGGAGGAGAAACAUCUCACCUUCACUGAAGUCCGUGCCAUGCCCUCCACUGCCCAGAACACUGCUUUUCUGAGGGUUCCCCUGCGGGCAUGGUGUGCUCUGUGGCCCUUAGGUGCAGAGAACUCAAGCUGGGUGCUGCCCAGGUGAGCAGAGUAUGUGGGCUUCCUGCCACCCGGGGCAGGUACUUCUCUAGCUGGGAUCUGCCCCCAGUUAACAAGAAUCCUCAAUGUUCUAAAUAGCAGGGACUUGAAAAUGGGUGUAUUUUCUUCUAUUGUCUUUUUAUUGAGGGUUGGGAUUUGGGAGGGAAAAGAAAGCAAAUUUUUAUUUUCUUGAUUAUAAAUUUGUUAUUGGUAUUGUUUCAUUUGUAUAAUUAUGCAUUAGAUAUUGGCACUUGUGUAAAAACAUCCCUGCAGAUUGAGCAGGAAGUAACAACAAACAAAUGGAAAUGCUUCCGUGGUGGUGGUGGUGGCGGUGGUGGCAGUGGUGGUGGGGGUUGCUAAGGAAGGGCGGGAUGGGGGGAAGAGUUUGGGAAGGUUAUCUAAACUGAAUCACUACUGAGUUGAACCAUGGCUGUUGUUAGCCACCGGUACUGCUAAUUGUAAGGCCAGUAAAAUAAUAGUACCUGGAGGUUUGACUCGAAUUUUUUGCACUGAUGGUGCCAAAGGGCUCAUUGAGCCCCAAGGAGAACACGCUGGAGUGCACAGAGAUGUGGUGGAGGCGGCAGAACUGCUCCCAGCAGCUCCAGAGGCAUGUCCUCUGCCUUUGCCACUGCAGCUCUGCUCACUGGGCCUCGAAUGACCUUAGGAAAUGCAGGCCAGAGUAUACGCUGGAUGCUGCAGCAGCGUUGGGGCUGCCUGUGCCAGGGUGAUAGCAACGUUGGCAGCGCCCGCAGAGGACAGACGUGGCAGAAGUGUGACUUGAGAACUCCUUUAACUACAUCAGCUGUCUGAUGUUCUUUGUGCAUUAGGUAAAUAUUAUUGAAAUACUUUUCCGACUAAAAGUCAUUUGCUAAUCUGUAAAUUCUGUUAAUAAACAAGGAGUUCGUCCAUUGCUUACAUUUUUCAACAGUGCCCACUAAAUUCUGUGGGUAGUCGGUUAUAAUUUUAUUCUUUCCGACAGUCCCCCCAGCCCUACCCCAAAAGGGAAGUUUUCCUCUCACCAUAAGUGGUAAGGAUUCCCAACUUUUAUAAACACCACUACAGCUUAACAAGCUCGUUUAUUUGUGUCCAGAUUCCUGUUUCUGUUCUUCAAAUUUGGCCUGUUUUUAGGUAGAUCACCUUUUAUCUUUGUACCUCAUCUAUCAAUUGCAAUUAUAUUUCUAGUCAUAGGUCAAGUAUAAUUCAAUCAGAAUGGGCUUUAAAAUUUUAGAAGCAGAAGCUAAUAUAUAAGUGAAGCUUGGAAUUUGGAACUUUCUGUAUCUCUUAGGAGAAUCAAGUAGAAACCAAAUGGUUAUAUUGUGCUGCUGGAAAUAACUUCACUCCCAAGGAAAAGGGUUACGCUUGUAGCCAUCUGCCACUAAACUAUGAGGAGGCAGGAGAGAGGUAAAUGUAACACGAUGUUCCCCUUAACCGCAGACACUACAGGUCACUGCAUAAUUCUCUAGCACUCAGAAAACUUGAAUGGAGCUUUGUUUGCUCGUCAACAUCAGCCGUUAUCUUGUUCUUCAUGAUUAUUUUUUGCUUUCUCUCCUUUGCACCAUAACAGAGCUAACUGAAAAAAAAUACUUGGACUAUAGCUGUAAUACUUGCAAAUGAAUUAGAUUUUCAAUUGAAGCCCCAGGACAAGUUAAUUCUGGAAACAAAACAAAACAACACCGUUUUGAGCAUUCCUUUGAUCUUACCUUUUUCCUUUCUCCCCCUCCAGCCUGGCUUCCCAUGCCUCCCAUUUCAUCUUGGCCAUUCAUUAUAACCAAAUCCACAAGAUUCUCCUGUCUGCCUCUUAGGAUGAUUGAGUGAGAUUUUUUCCCUAUCUUUGAGUGAGACUAGUUCUCAUCUCAAAGUGGUUAAAGUUAUAUGACUACAAGUUGGAAUCUGUUCUUGUGCAAGGAAAUGGAAAAUAGUCUUCCCAAAGCCAGAAAGCUCUGUGGUAGCUGUGGAAGUGACCUGCAAGUGACACUCAGCUCUCUAGCCGGCUCAAUGGCUCCUUUGCUAUGAAGUGCCAAAUUACAUUAGAAGUGUCUCCCUCCUUUUUAGAGAACAGACUUAAGGCAAUCAGAGAAGUGCUGUAAUUUAAAAAUAUCAUUAUCAUCCUUACCAUAUAUUUUAUAUACUUUAAAAUCAGCUAACUUGGACUGUUAGAGUUAUGUUGGCUUUUAGAACUUAAAUUUUAACUAUUUAUUAUAUUGCAUGGGAGGUACAUAGUAAGAGCUUUCGGCUUUCUUUCCCCCAAAACAACUUCUAAUGACUAUUACGAAGUAAGUCCCCUUUUAUUUGUUUCUUACUGUUUUGAGGAGGGAGAAAGAGCUACUGUGACAACAGAGGAAAAAGAUCUUUUCUUCCCUGAUUCUUAGAAGAUAUAUUUCCUGCAAAUUGUCAUUUCUUGGGUCUUUUUUUGACAUUUUGUAAAUUACCGCAUUACCUGGGGCAUCCAUAUUUCGCUGUGGAAGCUGUCUCCCGCGAAGUUGCUGCGUGAUGUUACUUGGAACUGCUAGAGUGCUGGUCAGUGUUUCCUUUCCUACGGGUCCUGGAGGACACUGCAGAGGAUAGGGCGGGAGCGCUCCGGAUGCAGAACUAUGAGCAGCUUCCUGCAGCGCGCUGUGGGCUAAGCCCCUCCCCCCGUUUUGUGUUUUCUGACAUGGCUGCCUUUUUAGAGUGAUCUGCAAAAGCAUUCUGUCUUCAGGAAUUCCUGUUGUCUUACUCCCUAGGCCUUCACCACUGAAGCUGGGCGUUGUGGUAAUAAAUUAGUAGGGACAUAUGUACCUCCUCGAAGGAAGCCUCCCUGCCGUUUCCAGGUGCCAACUGCUAAGCAGAAGUAUUUCAAAAAUGGUAACUGUAAUGUGCACACUGUUGGUUAUUUUUAAUAAGCUUCUUCCUACUAGAACAUUUUAUUUUCCUGUUCACCAUACAAUCAUGUACUCUUUAACAGAAAUUGCUUUUAAAAAAAUCUGGAACUAUCUUUAAAAGAACUUUAUUAAUAAUCAUGUAUUUUUACUGAUCACAUUUUGAAAUACCUAAAAGACUUUAUUGUUCUAAUUAUCCAGAUAUACCUUUGUAAAAUAGCUCUUUUAUGAAUUAGCUAAUAAGGCUGUAUGUUUCUGGAACAAAAUAUUGGUCAUCUAAAAACUUUCUGUUUUCUGGGGCCUGGGAAAAUAGAAAAUAAGAGUUCAAAUAUUAAAUAAGCUUAAAGGAA